CUUUACUUUUCUCAUAUCGCGGUAUUCGAUCUUUGCAACGUGAGUUUAGCUUAAAAGAAAAACCGGUAUAUUUACUAUCGAAUUACUCAGUUUUCUCUUAUUUUCCAUCGAAAUGUCGUGUCCUAGGCUCCUUCAGCAGUCUGCCAGUUUGUGUUCUAGAGUAUGUAGAGCGGCUGUUUUGACAACUCGACCGAAUUUUACAAAAGUAGGCCUAGCAUUAGCAAGACAACAACUUCUGCCAUUUUGCCGUCAAGGUCAAACUCCAAGAGAAUUCAGUUGCACAUCAGCUGUGAAUGCAGAUCGUUUAUUCUCCAAGGAUCAUGAGUGGCUUCUACCAGAUGACGCCAAGAAGACAGCAACAAUUGGAAUCAGUGACCAUGCCCAGGAGGCACUGGGAGACAUUGUAUUCAUUGAACUGCCGGAGGUCGGAGCAAAAUUUGCACAAUCCGAUUCCUUUGGUGUGGUUGAGAGUGUGAAAGCUGCCAGUGACCUCUAUGCUCUGAUAGAUGGAGAGAUCACGGAGGUCAACGACGCGUUGUCUCAAACACCGGAACUUGUUAACAGUGACCCACUAGGAGCAGGAUGGAUGAUCAAAAUGACCAUUGCAAACCCAGCCCAACUCAACGAUCUGAUGACGGAAGAUGCAUAUCAAGAUUUCCUUAGUGAAACUAAAGAGGAAUAAUAGAAACAAAAUAUGAUUUUCUCCAUUUUUUUUGUUUUGAGAGUAGAACUUUAAGUCCUGUAAAUAGGGUGAUGUGACAGCGGCAGAUGCCUGCCUGGAAUGUGCAAGUGUUCCCUUCUCCAAGAAAAUGAAGCAAACAGCAAAUUA